AUGCAGGACUUUUUGGGGAAGAACACCCCACACGUCACGCUUGGCGCCUUAUGUGAAGCCCCAUUGGCCCCUGUAAGUCCCGGCCAGCAGAUCUCCGGGCCGGGCAUCGUAGCCGUGGAGGGAAUUUUGAGCAUUGGGCAAUUUUUGUGCUUGUCGGCUGCAGUGGCCAGCAAGGUCCCUCCCCUCCACCCCAUUGUUUACUUUCCUGAAGUAUCGCGACCCGACUCCCAUCGUCCUACACAUAGCAAUGGCUGGACCACGAGUUCUCGCGGCCAAUGUCAUGCGGGUCGUGCCUCGCAUUGGGGCCCGUUCCCGUGUGACGACGGCCUCUGCCACGGCUUCGCUUUUGCGACUCAGCGCAGCAGCUCGAGGCAGCAGACUGAGCUUGACCAAAGCCCCCAGCCAUUGUCUCCGAGUAGCCUCUUAUUCCUCCUCUGCAGGUCAGCAUACUAUGUCUACUUAGCUUCCAGAAGCUCUAACCAAACUCGGACUCUAAAACAACGCAAACAAAAAGGUGGUGCUGCUAGCUCCCCUCCGCCACCUACCUCUACGGCCUCCUCCAACAGCUCGCGACCCGCCACCAUCGAAGUCAAUGGCAAGACCUACACCACCGACGAAUGGUACAACGUCCCCCAGACUGUCCUUGCUCUCACCGGCCGCAAGCUUCACCUUCAGAAAGACCACCCCGUUGCCAUCACCCGUCAGAUCAUCGAGUCCAAGUUCCCAACAGCCACCUACAAGCGCUACAAUGAGUUCGACCCCGUCGUUAGCACCAUCGAGAACUUUGACUCGCUCGGUUUCCCGCCCGACCACGUCGGCCGCGCCCGCUCCGACACCUACUACAUCAACGAGACCACGCUCCUGCGCACGCACACCUCAGCCCACGAGGCCGAGCUCUUCCGCGCCAGCGCCUCGGACGGCUACCUGAUCAGCGCCGACGUCUACCGCCGCGACGAGGUCGACCGCAGCCACUACCCCGUCUUCCACCAGAUGGAGGGCGCCCGCGUGUGGGACCGCACCAAGGUUCCCAACGGCGACGUUGUGGCCGCCAUCUACGCCGACCUGGCCAAGCUGCCCACGCACGACGUGAAAGUCGAGGACCCCAACCCGCCGCACCACCCGGAGCGCAACCCGCUGCAGAGCGAGCACCAUACCGCCGAGGAGGCCGAGGCCGUCGCCGCUCACCUCAAGCGCUCGCUCGAGCUCAUGGUCGUCGAGAUCUUCACCCGUGCCAAGCAGGCCGCCGCUCGUCUGGAUCCCAACUACGUCGAUGAGCCGCUGCGCGUCCGUUGGAUUGAGGCCUACUUUCCUUUCACAUCGCCUUCGUGGGAGAUGGAGGUGUACUACCAGGGCGACUGGCUUGAGGUGCUGGGCUGCGGUGUCAGCAAGCAGGAGCUGUUCAUCAAUGCCGACCAGCCGCAGCAGCUCGGCUGGGCGUUCGGCAUCGGUCUCGAGCGCAUCGCCAUGCUCUUGUUCCAGAUCCCCGACAUCCGUCUGUUCUGGUCCAAGGACGAGCGUUUCCUGAGCCAGUUUGCCCGCGUGCAGGAUGACCUUGACAAGCUGAAGCGGUUCGUUCCCUUCUCCAAGUAUCCGGCCUGCUGGAAGGACGUGUCCUUUUGGCUGCGGUCGACGUCCGCGGCGGGCGGAAACACGGCCGUGGCCAAUGCCCACGAUUUCCACGAGAAUGACCUGAUGGAGGUGGUGCGUGAUGUUGCUGGUGAUGUGGUGGAGGAUGUCCAGCUGAAGGACCAGUUCACUCAUCCCAAGACAGGCAGAAAGAGCAUGUGCUACAGAAUCAACUAUAGGAGCUUGGAGAAGACUCUGACGAACGAGGAGGCCAACGAUUUCCAUGAGCGGGUCAGGCAGGGGUUGGUGGAGAAGCUUGGUGUUGAGCUUAGGUAG